AUGCAUAAACUGGGGAAGACGCGUUCUAAGACAGGUUGUCGAACUUGUCGAGUUCGCAAGGUAAAAUGCGAUGAGGAGAAACACCCCGUGCCAGGCGGAGAGCCUCAAUGUACGCGAUGUAAAGCUGCGCGCAUCCAUUGUGAAUGGAAGGGCGCACCUAUUCCGCGAAAGUCAGCAACAAACUCCUCAUCUAAGAAAGGCCGAGAAGAAUCUCAGCCCGCAGAAACACCUGGAGAGUCAAGCAAGGCAGUUGCCAAACCGCCUCACACUAACAACCAACAACUGGUCGCCCCCACCCAGCAACCGACCUUACUUCCAUUGCAGCGAUUCAAUGGGAGUAAUAGCGACCAAAGCGUAACUGCAGCCAAUUCCUUGACUCUAUCGGGAUUUGACCGAGAAUGUCUCAACUAUCUUCAAAAUUCGACACUGGUGGUCCUUCUUGGAAAGCACUGGCCAUGGUCGGCGGUUUCUUAUACCUACCACAAAAUUGCUGUAAAAGAACCGAUGGUGAUGAGCAUGAUACUUGCUAGCACCGCCAAAGAGAUACAUCGAUCCCGUCUCUAUGACCAAGAUGUUCUGCCCAGUUCUUCACCAAAUAAUGAGUCUAGAGUGCAGGAUGGAUCAAUGCAUUACGGUCGAGCGCUAUCGAGUCUGCGCCACGCUCUCAAACAAGACGUGAAAUCACCACAGAAGAUAGAGGCUAUCUUUAUCACUCUUUGGCUCAUGAUUGACUACGAAAAUCGAUUCGGUAGUGGGGCAACUGCAAUCAACAUUCACAUACGCGGCAUUGAAACAAUCCUUUAUAAUCAUAUUGUGCCUCUCAUACAAGAUCAAGGGUCAGACAAGGCCCUCCCAUCCCAAGCAAUAUCAUCGCCAACACCUACAGUUGAUGGAACAUCUCCCUCACAAUCAAGUCAAGAAGCGCAAGUUAUCAAUCCUCCAUUGACACCAGAAACGACCUCGCCAAUGCUUUACCACCAUCCUAAUUCAUUAGAGACAUUGCGAUGUACAUCCGUGCCGCUUUUCCUGCUUUGGACCUUAUACUUUUUUACACCUGCAGCUCUGUUCUUUGGUCCUGGAACGGCGCGGCUGGACACUAGCAUCUUUCAAUUCUUCCUGGGUGCUGAAACCCCGGGCGCUGGACCCUUGUCAUUGCCAGAACUGUACCGAAUCAGCAGGCAAUCCCCUGCUCGCUUCUGGGGUGACGUGUACCCAGUGUCUGCCCGAUUAGAUGACAUGGAAAAUCUUCCCGGCCUCACACUGUACCACCGAAGCCAUGUGAUACAAUUCAAAAUAACCGAAAUGUUCAAACAGGGGCCUCAAGUGGAGAGUACGACGGGGAUGGUGUCACCAUACCAAUGUCUCAUCGACGAGAUAAACACACUUUCUAUUGAACACGAUUCGCUACUCACCUCUGCUAAAUCAACACCAUCCUGCGAAUCAGUCGGUGGUGACCGCCGCGUCAUGGAGACAAUUUACUGGGCAUCUAUCACUUUUUACAGCACAAUGGUCUAUUUCCAUCUCUGCUUUCAGGAUAUACUGAACAAUAGCCCGGAGACUUACGUCCGUGGCGAACUUAUGUCUCUCAAAACUGCAGUAUCUCAUGUCCUGGAGCUGAGUCUCAAGCUGCAUCGCAGCCGGCCACGCCUUAUGGUGAGAAUCACUUGGCCGUUGUUUAUUGCUGGCAUUGCAACGUCCGAUCAGAUCUAUCAAGAUUGGGUCUCGAUUCGGCUGCGAGAAUUGGGUCGAUAUGGACAGAAUUAUGGGCGGAUCAGCCAGCGAUAUGAUGAGAUUAUUCAGGGUUGUCAUCCCUAUGCAUAUGACCGACAAGGACACUUUCUGAGUUGUUAG